AGCGCAGACAGCCCCGAACGGCACACACGAUGAUCGCGCACACGUAUGCGCUCGCCGCCGCGUUCCUGUGCGCGCUGGCUGGACAGCUCGGCGCUGGUGCCAGCCUCCACUGUGCUAUGCGAAGGGAGAUAUCACCAUGCACUUGCCGACGUGAGGAUAAAGGCACCGGGGCCAUACUCGUUGUUUGCCAGCGAAUCAAUGCAUACGAAGAUAUCGCCAGAGCACUCACAAACAAAUUCAGCCCGGAGACUAAGAUCGGACUUGAUAUUUCUUACUCGAGUCUGCCGGACUUUCCCGAACACAGCUUCCGUGAACUAGGCCUCUCUAUAACAAGACUCAAGUUAAAUUUCGACAAUUUAAGCGAACUGAAAGAAAGCGUGUUUUCUAAGUUGGACCUUGUGGACUACUUCAGUUUAGCUGACAACUCUCUAGCGGACAUGCCUCGACACGUUCUCCGCCAUUUACCUCACCUGAAAACCUUGGACCUCUGCAGAAAUAAAAUAACGAGCCUUACUGAAGACGAUUUUAGAGAUAUACAAGAACUUGAGCAUUUACUCGUAGCUGAUAAUCAAAUAUCAAAGAUAGAAAGAGAUGCGGUUCCGAAGGCCAUGAAGCAUAUACACUUAGGAAUCAACAAGCUGACAUCAUUAAACGGAGCCCUGCGAGACCUAGAUGAUCUUGAGUGGAUAUUUAUCAACGCUAACAAUUUGAAAUCUAUAGACAACGAAUUACCUAUUAAAGCCAAAAGAAUCACUCUUAUACAUGCGGCACAUAAUGAAUUACAAAAUUUACCUAAGGAUAUGAAACAGAUGCCUUCGUUGGAAUCGCUUUAUUUCUAUGGAAAUAAAAUUAAGUCUUUGGAUGGGGCUCUACAGAAAUCUAAGAAGUUGUUACGGAUAGGCGUUUCUUUUAACAAAAUUGAAAGCUUAGCUGAAGAUGAAUUUAUUGAAGCUGAAAAAUUGGCAGAUUUAGAUAUAGCAUAUAACCAACUAAAAUCAUUGAAUGGAUCAUUGAGAAACUUGAAAUCGCUUCGAUAUCUGAAUUUAACUCACAACUGCCUGACAGAGUUUUCUUUGCAAGAAAUCAAGGGCUUAAAGCGUUUGUCUGUAAUUGAUUUGUCCCAUAAUAAAAUUAGCCUCAUCUCUGGCAACAUGGAGAACCUUGUGGAUGUUGAAACGCGCGUUCUUGAAUUACGAUUGGAACACAACUAUUUACUUAACUUGGGAGGAGCAUUGAUGGGUCUUCACGGUCUAUUGAGAUUAAAUCUGAGCCAUAACCAACUGCAACAAAUAUCGCCAGACGAUCUCAUAGGUCUUGAAGAAUUGAAAGUAUUAGACGUAUCUCACAACCAUAUUCUUACGCUAGAAGAAACAUCAAAGACAUUUUUGCCUUCUCUUGAGGAACUGCUAGCUCAUCAUAACAAUAUUACGGCGUUGGAUAAAGACUUUCACGGGUUACCAUCCCUCUGCAUGGCUGAUCUCUCCUACAAUCAGAUCCAGACUGUUAAUUAUGAUCUUGUGACGAAGUCUAGAUGUACAAUUAAUGGAGUACCAAGCACAUUGAAAAUUUACCUUCAAGAUAAUCCAGUUCUGUGUGAUGACCGCUUAUUUGAGCUGAUGACGGUCCUGGAGAGCUUAAAUGCUCGCGUUAGCGGCGUCUCUACAUGUGUAGCGACGCAGACCACUGCGCCGGUACUCACACGAGCCCUCAACGACAUUGUGCCUCAAAAGGAGGCCGUGCCCAUAUUUAUGGUCGCCCAUGUGGAACCCAGGGGCGUCGAAGUGUCACCUGAUAUAAUAGAACGCAAUCCAAUAGCACCCGUCCCACCACUCACGUAUCAGCGUGUGGGCGCUCUCAUAGGGCACGUGUUACCGGAGCGUGAAGGGGGGCUGCCAGUAGUAGUCGAGCCCCCGGUGACGCUACCCCCCUCGAGCACAAACGUUGUUGUAAAGUGGCCUGAUGAAAGAAGAAUUGAAGAACACGCCCAUCCUCUCGCUGAUCACCUGCGCCUGCGCGAUCUCGACGCAUCCUCGCAGUGAAACUUUUUCCACCAGGCGGUGCCGCACGCCGACGCGAUACUAUUCGAACUGAAUGUCACGUCCUAGGAAAUAAACUAUGACUGAAUCUACUACGAUGGAGCGUCUUUUCGUUGGUUUGGAUGGCUAAAAUUGUUUCUCAACUCAAUUUAAUUUUCUAUUUAGAUCCACAAUGUACAUAAGAACCCUUAAGGGACACGGACGAUGUAUCCGUUGUAAAUUAUGCAUGUCAAGCAAUGUGUAUGUGCUUUGGUAUAGUUAAAUAAAUAAAAGUUUUGUAGUUGCCGAAUGUGUAGGUUUAUAGUUGCUGUCAAUUGAGUGAAUGUGUUAAUUUUGGUAUAUUCUUAUCAUAAAGCAAGGAAAAUAAGUGGCUUUUCUGAAAACUGAGUAAUUAUUUAAAACUAGUGCGAAUAUUUUUCAAUAUUCCUGCCAUAAAUUAUUCAAAAGCACAAAAAGUCUUUUUAACCAAAGUAAUAAUUUUAGAAGUACCGAGAUACUACUUUUAAGUUAAUAGAAAUUUAGAAUAAUUUAUAUCGCCUAUUAACAUUAUAUCUUUAUUAAAAAAUGUUUAUACAACUAUUCCCCUCGACAAUUGGUCUUUGUGAUAACUUCAUAAAUUAAUAAGUUUGAUAAGCAGUUUAUUUCUAUUAUAAUGUAUCAUUUCUUAAUCAUUACGAUAAAGCAUUACUUCUGGACUGUCUUUAAAUUUACUUAGAUCUAAGUAUAGUUUGUUUUAGUUGAAUAAUCGAUAUUAUAGCUGAUCUUUGUUUAUAGCUUUAGUUCAUGUAAGGAGAUUAUACGAAAAAAUAUUUUAGUUGUUGUUUCGAAUAAAUCACAUUUU